GAACGCGCCUUAUCCCUAUUUCAGUUGGCGAUAUAUAAGGCGUCGGGAUGGCACCCUGGCACCUUGAACAUUCCUAAACAUGGCCCCCGUUCAGUCCAACACCCCUGCCCUGCCUUGGGAUAUCUGCGAGGAGAUCAUCAAUGCCUUCUGGUGGUCCCUCGUGACGAAUCGCGAUCGCACGAAGUUCAUGGUCGCCUCCUCCCUAGUCUCGAAGACCUGGCGCGACCUCUAUAUGUUGAUCUCCUUGCGCGACAUCCACAUCACGAGGCCCAAAUUUGCCACGGUACGCAGGCCACUCCCCCACUUGCUCACCUGCCGAGCUGACCUGUCUAGAAUAUGAUGUACAUCGGCACCGACCUCUUCAGGUUCGAGUACGAGCCCACCCUGAACGAGCGCGCCGGCCCCCUCGUCCGCUCCAUCACCUGGCACAUGGAGUAUAGCGCAAGCCGCGCAUGCACGCCCGAGGAGGUCGCCGAGCGCGGCAUGGGCGGCUGCGUCAACGUCUGCAUGUACACGCUCAACAACUUCCCCGACAUGUUCCCCAACCUCAGGCGCGUCCGGCUCGAGUACCGCAACUACCCGUACGCGGACCUCUUCCACAACCUGCGGCUGUACCACCUGCCGCCGAUCAUCGAGGCCGUUGACGUGCGGUACCGCUUCGACGAGAACGUGUCGGAGGAGGUGAUGGACCUGCAGCGCAGGGAGCAGGACCUCACGCACUUCGCGCCGUGGGAGUUGAAGAACGUGAGGGAGAUGAGUAUCAUCGGCGGCACGAAGGCUGUGGCAAAGGAGUUGCUGUCGCACACACCGAAACUGAAGCAGCUCAUCAUCGACCGCCAUUGUGCUUCCAAGCUACGUAUACGGGCAAACGUAGACGACCCGAAGUAUUGUCGUGUGACCCUGGUCUAACAU